AUGGCAGCGAAGGGCCACUCGCUGCGCGAUCGCCAGAUCUCGGCACUUAAGAAGCUUCUUAGCUUGAACGACAAUAUCGACGAGAAUGAGACCGACACCACCCAGGCCAAUGGCGGCGCACUUGGGCCUGCUGGCUCUAUCAUAACCUCCGAUGGCGAUCCCUUAUGGAAGGUCCUCGUGUUCGAUGACCUCGGCCGAGAUGUCAUCAGCAGUGUUCUUCGCGUCAGCGAUCUUCGAGCGCUGGGCAUCACUAUGCACAUGCACAUUAGAGCCUCUCGACAUGCCAUUCCAGACGUACCAGUCAUCUACCUAGUCGAGCCCACGCCGCAGAACCUACAAAACAUCACUAGCGAUCUCCAAAAGGGCCUGUACAACCCAGCCUACCUCAACUUCCUCUCCUCCAUCCCCCGCCCCCUCCUCGAAGACUUCGCAGAGCAGACGAUAACUGCUGGCACAUCAGAGAGCAUCGCCAAGCUGAUGGACCAAUACCUGAACUUUAUCGUUGCCGAACCGGAUCUCUUCAACCUGGGUAUGCAACGAGACCACACCUACUGGGCGCUGAACAGUGCUGCAACGAACGACGAAGAGCUGGACAGAGUGGUGGACAGGAUUGUCAGCGGUCUAUUCAGUGUUAUUGUCACCAUGGGCGUCAUUCCCAUCAUUCGUUGCCCAAAGGGCGCAGCUGCCGAGAUGAUUUCGGCAAAGCUUGACCGGAAGCUGCGCGACCACAUUCUCAACUCAAAGGAAAACCUCUUCUCCUCCAACACCCGCCCAGCAUCGUCCGCCGGCACCCCAACCUCCCGCCCUGUGCUUAUCAUUCUCGACCGAAACGUCGACUUAAUACCUAUGCUUUCUCAUUCAUGGACCUACCAGUCGCUAGUCCAUGAUGUUUUGAAUAUGAAAUUGAACAGAAUCACGAUAGAGACGCCCAUAGACGAAAACAACCCUGCCAAGGGAACCACCAAGAAGGCUUACGAUUUGACGGCGAGCGAUUUCUUCUGGGCCAAGAACGCGGCUGUGCCGUUCCCGCAAGUGGCGGAGGAUAUCGAUGCCGAGUUGACGAGGUACAAGGAAGACGCGGCGGCGGUGACGAAAAAGACCGGAGUAACGGACCUGGAGGACUUGCAGAACGAUACCAGCGCCAGCGCGCAGCAUCUGAAGGCGGCCAUCACACUAUUGCCGGAGCUGCGUGAGCGCAAGGCGGUGCUCGACAUGCACAUGAACAUCCUUGCGGCACUCCUGACGGGCAUCAAGAACCGGCAGCUAGACAACUUCUUCCAAGUAGAAGAAGGUGUCAUGAAGCAAACCAAGGCACAAGUCAUGGAGCUCCUCAAGGACAGCACCAAGGGAGACCAGCCCGUGGACAAGCUGAGACUGUUUGUCAUCUGGUACCUCAGCACCGAACAAGACGUCACCCGUGCCGAGUGGGAGGGUUUCGAAAAGGCCCUCACCGAGGCUGGCGCAGACACGACGUCUCUCCCAUAUAUCCGACAAGUUCGCGCCACCACCAAGAUGACCCAGCUCACCACCAUCUCCAACCCUCAAACAAACCAGGCUGCCUCUUCGGACCUAUUCGGCCGUUUCUCCUCCAUCUCCAACCGUCUCACCGACCGCCUCAAGGAAACCGGCGUCCCCACCGGUCUUUCCUCCAACUUCGAGUCCCUCAUCGGCGGCAUCAAGAACUUCCUGCCGGCCAACCGCGAUUUGACCAUCACCAAGAUCGUGGAGUCCGUCAUGGACCCCUCCGCCGCAGCAAGUUCCGCCAUCGCCAAAACGGAGAACUACCUCUACUUCGAUCCCCGCUCCGCCAAUGCCCGUGGCACCAUGCCCCCGCCGAGCUCCAUCCGCGCCGGCGCCGGUGGGUCCUCGGGAGCCCCCGGCGGUUUGCCAGGCCAGAACGUCGGCGGCCAGGCGGCAGGCACAGGCGCAAGCUUCGGCCAGCGCCGUCAGGGAUUUUCAGAGGCCAUCGUAUUCACCGUCGGCGGCGGCAGUAUGGACGAGUACGGUAACCUGCAGGAGUGGGUCGCGCGGACAGGCGGCGACCGCGCGAGGAGGAGAGUGGUAUACGGCAGCACGGAGAUGCUCAACGCCGACGAGUUCAUCAAGCAAGAGCUGGACAGGUUGGGCAAGGAGGUGGCCUCGUAA